AUGUAUGGAGACACAGAUUCUCUUGUUUACUUGGUGAAAACUAAAGAUUUCUACGCUGAGGUGACCGCACAUCCUGAGAUGUUAAAAUGGUUUGAUACUUCAAAUCUACCCUCUGAUCACCCUGCAUACUCUGUAGCAAAAAAGAAAAUCCCAGGGCUUUUUUCUGAUGAGACGAACGGUCUUACGGUUUAUGAAUUUAUCAGCCUUAGACCAAAGUCGUAUGCUUUCGAGAAAGAGACUUUAGUAACAUCAGUGUCCUCGGAAAAAAUUAGAGCCAAGGGGAUUAGAGGGCAUGUAGUAAAAAAUCAUUUAACCGUCUCAGAUUUCAAAAGCUGUCUGUUCGCCAAAAUAAAUUAUACAUCAUAUACUCCAUAUAGGGAGAACAUUUCAAUUCGAUCAUAUAAGCACGAAAUUAAAACGAUUAAAAACAUGAAGAUUACGCUAAACUGGCAUGAUGAUAAGCGAGUCAUUCUACCAGACCGCAUACAUACAUUGGCAAUCGGUCAUUACAAGUUAAUUGAACUUCAACAACAGCAACAACUUCAACAAAAUCAUAUGCAACCUGAUAAUGAGGAGGAGGAGGAGGAGGAGGAGGAGGACAUAGCUAAUUAA